AUGGUGCUUCUGGAUAGAGAGCGUAAGAAGCUUGCCAACAGGUUAAGUCCACUUUUUGAAGGGAUCUAUGAAUUGGUUGACAAACGAGGAAAUAUAGUCUCUGAAGUGUUUCAAAGAUUACCAUUACGUACUGGGACAGAUUACUAUAAAGUAAUCCAACAUCCUGUUUCAUUGCAUGGAAUUAGUCGAAAGGUUAAGAAGAUGGAAUACGAUGGAGCUCAAGAUUUCAUCAAUGACUUGGCUCAAAUAACGUGGAAUGCUCGAUUAUAUAAUGUAAGAGGCUCGGAGAUUUAUCAAAAGGCUGUUGUAUUGAAUCAAUACAUUUUAGAGAAGGUGAUACCUAAGUUGAGUUCUGAUAAAACCAUUCCAGGGUAUCUGUAUUUGUAUUAUCCAGAUUUGGGUGUUUUACCAGAAGAUGAUGGUCUGGGAGGAAGUCUUAGUGAACUUGCUGAAGGAGACAUUUUAAGUAGUAAUGUGACUUCAGUUCAAGGUUCUCCUUCAAUUACUCAUGGAUCACCUGAUAUUGGUAGAAGUUUACCAACAUCUUUAGCUGCUUCUACUCAAUCAACUCCGCAACCAGUUUCACAAGCAAAAAUCAUCAACUUUGAUCUUCAAAGAAAGCAUCCUGUUUAUGGGAAGCAGACUUUCACUCCUAACAAAUUGACUCAUGAAGCUACUGGUGCAAGAAGAGGUCGUCCACCUAUCAUUGAUAAGCCAUUUGAAACUCGUAUUAAGGGCAUUUUAAAGCAAAUGAAGAAAUUACGUGAUCCCAAUGAUCCUAAUAGACCCUUAACCAUGCAUUUUGAGAGAUUACCAGAUCCCAAAUCUCAUGGUCAAUAUUUCCAAUUGAUCCACAAUCCAAUUAGUUUGAAUGAAAUUCGGACCAAAGUUAGAUCAAGAAAAUAUAAUACCGUUGAUGAAUGUAUUGCCGAUUUAGAUUUGAUGUUCCAAAAUGCUAAACUGUUCUACGGUAAUGAUCAAUAUUCCCAAGUAUUUAGAGAUUGCCUUAUGCUUGAACAGGAAGCUAACUUAAUUAUUCAAACGGAAUUAAAAAGAAGCGAAAAGGAACUCUUGGAAUCAACAACAGGUGCUUCUGAUGGUAUUUUGAGAACACCAUUGGAUUCUAUUGAAAUGAAAGGUUUCACAUACAAAAUCGGUGAUUGGGUUCUUCUAAAUAACCCUAAUGAUCCUGAAAAACCUACUGUUGGUCAAAUCUAUCGUCUUUGGUCAAUUGAAGAUGGCACUUUGUACACAAAUGUGUGUUGGUAUUAUCGUCCAGAACAAACAUGUCACAAGUUUGAUAGAUUAUUCUAUGUUAAUGAAGUAUGCAAAACCGCUCAAUAUCGUGAUCAUUUAGCAACAGAAAUCUUAGGGCCAUGUUUUGUUAUAUUCUUAACACGAUAUCAAAAGGGUGAUUUACCUGAAGGAUUUAUUCCAACAGGUGCACCAUGGUUUGUGUGUGAGUUUAGAUACAAUGAAACUUCACAUGUGUUCAACCGUAUUAGAACAUGGAAAGCAUGUUUACCAGAUGAAGUGAGAGAUCAACCAGAACCUCCAAUUAUACAUUUGAAUGAACCAAGAAAGUUAAUAAAAUACGACUCUCCAAUCAGGCAUUUGUUACCUCCUGAUGCUGAUAUGAAUAUGCCAAUUCCUGAACCAACACGAGAUCCCAAUAAUAGCACUCCUCCCAUAGCUGGACUGGUGUAUUUAAGACCACCUGUUAGAGAUGAUGAAUUGGGACAAUAUGUUUCAAGUCCUAACGUUACGCCUACUCCAGAGAAUGAUGAUAAAAUUCAUAAUCGUAAGGCUUAUAUUUUCACACCGGUUUCCCAGUUGAAGUUUGGCAGUACCACUACUCAAGCACCCAAUACACCAACUAUUUCAAUGACACAAAUUCCAAAUGCCGUGGCCCCCUUGGCAGCACAAGCUGCUGAUAGAAGUUAUAACAUUGGUGUAAAGAAAUUCAAGCUGUUUGAGUUCCAACAACCACAGCAACAACAAUUACAGCAGCAGCAGCAACAACAGCCACAACGGUUCCAACCUCCUAUCCUGCUGCUUCACCAGCCACCGUCACAGCAAAUGUUUACCCAAACACCACAAGUUACGUUACCUCAUAACUCCUCGCAACGUCAACCAAUGAUACCAACACCUUCGAUUGCUCAGCCAACUCGUACAGCUGCUGUCUCGGCGUACACUCCUCAACAUUUGAACACUGCUACGUCUCGUUACUCUGUUCUUUUACCCGGAGGAGUCCUUAGCUAUACCAUUGAAGAUGAUGGAGGAUUGGCCAGUUUAUCGGGGAAGAUCAAUAUAAUAAAGCGUAAAGCUGGAGAAAUGGAAUCAGAUGAAGUGGUUUGGUAUAGGGCUCCACCAUUAUCCGUACACCGGAAGAUCAUUACUUCUGGUAUAUCUUCGUUGGGACACUCUGCCCGGUAUUUAUCUGUCAAAGCGAAAGGAGAUGGGAUGUAA